AUGUAUAAGAAACUUUUAACCUCUUCUGCCGUUUCCUCACUUAACAUCAUAACCGUAAAAGCUAUGAGAAUGAAUGAAAAUAGUAACAUCAUAACCGUAAAAGCUAUGAGAAUGAAUGAAAAUAGUAACAUCAUAACCGUAAAAGCUAUGAGAAUGAAUGAAAAUAGUAACAUCAUAACCGUAAAAGCUAUGAGAAUGAAUGAAAAUAGUAACAUCAUAACCGUAAAAGCUAUGAGAAUGAAUGAAAAUAGUAACAUCAUAACCGUAAAAGUUAUGAGAAUGAAUGAAAAUAGUAACAUCAUAACCGUAAAAGCUAUGAGAAUGAAUGAAAAUAGUAACAUCAUAACCGUAAAAGCUAUGAGAAUGAAUGAAAAUAGUAACAUCAUAACCGUAAAAGCUAUGAGAAUGAAUGAAAAUAGUAACAUCAUAACCGUGAAAGCUAAGAGAAUGAAUGAAAAUAGUAACAUCAUAACCGUAAAAGCUAUGAGAAUGAAUGAAAAUAGUAACAUCAUAACCGUAAAAGCUAUGAGAAUGAAUGAAAAUAGUAACAUCAUAACCGUAAAAGCUAUGAGAAUGAAUGAAAAUAGUAACAUCAUAACCGUGAAAGCUAAGAGAAUGAAUGAAAAUAGUAACAUCAUAACCGUAAAAGCUAUGAGAAUGAAUGAAAAUAGUAACAUCAUAACCGUAAAAGCUAUGAGAAUGAAUGAAAAUAGUAACAUCAUAACCGUAAAAGCUAUGAGAAUGAAUGAAAAUAGUAACAUCAUAACCGUAAAAGCUAUGAGAAUGAAUGAAAAUAGUAACAUCAUAACCGUAAAAGCUAUGAGAAUGAAUGAAAAUAGUAACAUCAUAACCGUGAAAGCUAAGAGAAUGAAUGAAAAUAGUAACAUCAUAACCGUAAAAGCUAUGAGAAUGAAUGAAAAUAGUAACAUCAUAACCGUAAAAGCUAUGAGAAUGAAUGAAAAUAGUUUACAUAACAGUUGA